CAACUCCCCAACAGCUCUCACCGAGCAACCACUAAUAUGCUUAUGCUCACGAUGUUAAUGUCCUAUUUCUUUGCGCUGCUGGCUGUCGUCUCUGCCGUCCCCGCGCCUCGUGAUGGGACCAAAGGCCAGAUCGUCAAACCCUCGUCCGGGGACACUAUAGCACCAGGACAGGCCUUCGACUUCCAAUAUAAUACGCGAGCAGAUUAUGGCUCGUCGAGCUAUAACUUCACUGUCUGGCUCGUUACGUCUCCUGCUACUUCGAUGUCACCCUCGGAUGAAUGGAUGCAAGGGCACUACUUCGGACGAUUCCAGGAGGCAAAUUAUCCAGCUGUCCCGUACCCAACCAACCCCCCUCCGUCGCAGCUCGUUAUGCCCAACCUUGCUCAAUCCCCGGGCGGCUUCGGCGCUGGUGCUACUGCCGUUGACGCGACGUUCUAUCUCGUUGUCUUGGAAGAGUGGGACUCUGGCGAUGGUGCCCUUGGAGCAAAAAUAGGACUUAGCAUGGUACCUAUCAUUUAUAAUGCCACGUCCUCUAAUUAAGACUGGACAAUGGGACUCUGGAAGACUUCCUCGGGCCUUUCUGUAUUUAAUUUAAUUACUACCUGCAUCCUGGACACGCCACGGACUAGAUCAAACGGACUCGGACGAUGUGGGACAGUUUCGAGAGACUCUUUUAAUUACGUUGUAACUCGUCACGAACUAUUUUGAUAGGCUACUGACUUGGGCUCGUGGUUUCUGGUUUUACUUACAAAUACUGUACUGGUUGAACAAUCAUUGUUGUCUCUUUCGCCG